CAUCCAGGCAUACAUAUGUAUGUACAGACGUCGCGCGCAGCUCAGCAACAUUGUGUUUUGUGUAUGAAAACUAAAUGCGAAUUAUAUUGCAAACGCUGCAAUAAUUUAUUGUAAACAAUCAGUUCUGUGUAGUAUAUUGUUGCAAAGCGUCGCGCCUUUACAUAUAUAUAUUUAGAGUUAGAAGUUGUGCCGCCUCUGUGUAUGUGUAAAUGUAUGUGUGUGACUGCGUAUGUGCGUUAGGAUAACUGCACAUUUACAUUUGCGCAGCGAAUUUAAACGGAAAGGAACAGUUACUGCGAAUAUCAACAGAAGACGGAAUUGAAACAAACAACAUGGCUCGGGACACACAAGGCACACAGGGCACCCAGAGCCAAGCGUCCAAUAUUUGGACCCAGGUAGAGAGCCAGCCCAUGGAAAAAAUUGUUUGGGGCCGGCUCUAUGGAAAGAAUAUUAAAAUCAAGUCUCUCGGUACGAGCGUCAAGUCAUACAGAAUAAUCUAUACGCAUUCGUCCUUUAGUGUUGACUUGAAUAACGACGAAUUUUCAGCUGGUCGCGGUGAGCUGAAUGAUUUAAUAUUGACGCUCAAUGAUUUACCUGAGAAAAUUCUAUCGCGCAUAUCCAAGGUGCAUUUUAUCAUAAAGCGCGCUAACUGUGAGCUGACAAAUCCGGUUUAUAUACAGGAUCUCUCACGCAACGGAACAUUUGUGAAUGGCGAAAAAAUUGGGACGAACAAAACGCGCAUCUUACAAAAUGACGACAUCAUCGCUCUCUCUCAUCCCACCUAUAAAGCGUUUGUCUUCAAGGAUCUUAGCCCAAACGAAGCGAUUGGCCUGCCACCUGAAAUCACGUCCACCUAUUAUAUAAAUCGUAAACUGGGCUCAGGUGCGUAUGGCUUGGUGCGGCUCGUCUAUGAUCGUCGCACCUGUGAGCAGUUCGCCAUGAAAAUCGUGAAGAAGAAUAUGCUGGAGGUGAGCGCGCAUCCGAACACUAAUCUGAACGAUCCGGAACGUGUGCUCAACGAGGCAAAGAUCAUGAAGAAUCUAUCGCAUCCGUGCGUGGUGCGCAUGCACGAUAUUGUAGACAGGCCGGACUCCGUUUAUAUGGUGCUGGAAUUUAUGCGCGGCGGAGACUUACUAAAUCGCAUCAUUAGCAAGAAGCUGCUCAGCGAGGAGACAUCCAAGUUGUAUUUCUAUCAAAUGUGCCAUGCAGUCAAAUACCUGCAUGAUAAAGGCAUCACGCAUCGCGAUCUGAAGCCGGACAAUGUGCUGCUUGAGUCCAGCGAUGAGGAUACUUUGCUCAAAGUAUCCGAUUUUGGAUUAAGCAAAUUUGUGCACAAGGAUUCAGUGAUGCGUACGCUAUGCGGCACGCCUCUUUAUGUAGCACCCGAGGUGCUAAUCACAGGAGGACGUGAAUCCUAUACUCAGAAAGUGGACAUUUGGAGUCUGGGAGUGGUGUUGUACACAUGUCUAAGUGGCACUUUACCCUUUUCGGAUGAGUACGGCUCGCCGGCUGGUGAGCAGAUCAAGAAGGGAAUUUUCCGCUUUCGCCAUCCCGCCUGGCAGGGCAUCUCGCAGCGCGCCAAGUUGUUGAUCAAACAGAUGCUCAUUGUGGAUCCCGAGAAGCGACCCUCAAUUGAUGCUGUGCUCAAGAGCACCUGGUUAAGGGAUACAACGAUGCUGCAGAAGGCGAAGCAAAUGAUGAAACUGGAUCAAAUGGAGAUCGAGGAGGAGGAAAACAAUUUCCUUGAGCCGCCAACCAAACGGCGACGGCACUAAGCAAAACGCGAACUGAAUGUGAAAAAGUUUUAAUUUUCUGGAAAAAUUAAUCGAAAACAUUUUUCCCCCCAUUUCUCAUCCCGCAAAAAAGCUGCCAUAGCUGCCUAUCAAUCACACUCCUACAUAUAAGAAUUAUUGAAAAAGUAUUGCUUUUUUUACUGCGGUUGUUUAAUUUUACAUGUUGUUUAGUGUAAGUUUUGCAUUUGCGUCUUUUGUUAAACGUUGUGUGCCAAAAGGAAAUCAAAGGUGAACAAGAAUGAAUCACAAAUCUUGAAUUGAUUAUUACAAUUUAUUGACGCAAUUAUAAUUUAAAUAUAAUAAUGAUAUUAAAUGUA